UUUGUCAUAUAGUUUAGGGGAAGUGUUUGUCUGACGCACUUUGAAAGACACUUUGUGGGCAGUUACAACCUGUAACAAAUAAAGUUUCUGACAAUAGCGUCUCGAGGCAAAAAAAAACACUAUCUGGAAACUGUUACUAUUAUGGGCUCCUCGCCGGCAGCAAUUACACCUGUAAGAGACGCGUUUGUGUACGUAGUUUAUAGGGUAUAGAAGACGGUAAAUUUCGCCAUGUUUUGAUUGCGGAAACGUACGGUAUACCCAGUACAGGAGGAAAGGCCGACAGCUGCAAAACAGGACGGAGAUGGCGCCCCUGGGAGACACCUCGCCGACCAUUCACUGCUGGGGGUCUGAAGAAGGCGAAGAAGUACAAGGGACGGGAGUGUGAAAAUUGAUUCGGUUUUACUUCGUUUGGACACGUAGGCCAAGGUGACGUCAGGGAUCAAUUAAGGGGACUGCACCUGACCACGCCAUCGCUGCAGCACAGUUCCUGGUGAUGGGAAAGAAAUGAGCCUUGGCGUGUGAGAGCGGCUGCACUUCCAUCACUUCAGGAGGAGCGCGCUGGAAACUCCACUACUAUAACUUUGCCAAUGCAGCGUCAGGCAGUGAAGACUCUGGCCGCUUACGAAGGAGGAGGAAUAAGAGAAGAGAAGGAAGGAGAAGAGGAGGAGGAGCAGGAAUAGAAGGAGGAGGAGGAUGAAGGGGGAUGUACCACAAAGAAAACGGCACACCGCGGUACAGGAGUGGAAGGCUGACAUAGAAAACGGACUACAGGGGUGUUCUUGGUAACGUUACGGUUUGUUUACAUCCUCUUUGUGACUCGCAAGUGAGAGAGAAAUGCGGGGGAACUCGUUGAAAUAAACAUUAAGAGCAUUUUCUGUUAAUUCUGUGGUAUUCCUUGCGUGAUGAUGGAGAAACAUAAGCGAACACUGGAAAAAAUGAAGGUAUUAUUGAAAAUCGAGUGAAAACAUUGAAGAAAACAUGAACUAGAGCGCCAGGAGAGAGUAUUGGACCUGAGAAGCGGCGCAGGGAGGAAUAAUAUAUUGGCAGCAUUGUAAAAUAGAAAGGGAAAAGUGCAUAGGAGAAAGUGAAGGAUAGAGAGGGAGAGAGAAAUAAGAGCAAAGAGGGAGGAAGAGAGAGGGAAAAGAGAGAAGGAUAGAGAGAGAAAGAGAGAGUGGGAAAAUUUAUUACGGUAGCUGUUGUAUACAUCACACAGCGUUACCAGUGUAUCUUCCGGCGAGUCAGGAUGAAGCUGCAGGGCUGGCAGGAGCCGCCGCCGCCCUUCCCUUGCCUGGUGCGGGGCGGAACACGGACGCAACUCAAAUAAAAACAUCCUCCUUGCUCUCAUUAGUGAAAACAACACACCCGCAACACUCACUCACCUGGCAAGGGAAGUUGUGUUGCCAAGCCUUUACUUUCCCUCUCUCUCAAGGAGAAACGGAGAAGGAGAAACAGAAAAGAAGGUUAGAAAAGAGUUCCCAAGUAAUCACAGCCGCUGGGAAUACGUCAGGACUUGGCAUUAUGGGUCCGCCCCGCUACGUGCCCCACCCAGUGCCCCGGGAGGUGGCGGGCGGGGCGGGGCGUUGCCUGGGGGCUGUCCGGCGCGUCACGACUUUCCAGAGGGAGACGAGAAACUUGGCUCGCCAUUUACCGCCCUCAACAACGCCUUCCCGAGUUGCCUUUGAAGUGACUGCUCCAAAGGUCGACGAAAAUGAAGGAGAAGUGGUCAUGCGGGACAACAACUUUCCUCGUCCCCACCGCCGCCGCCGCCGCCGCCGCCGUCGCCGUCGAAGAGUUCCUCCAAGUUCGGGCAAUUCUGAGGAACGUGAACUCCGAGCGGCUGAGAGUCGUGACGCGGGUGUGAACGCGGCUCACUCCUCGCUACCUCUCCCCAACUUACGAACUCCAGGCUCGUGGAACUCCAGUCUUCAGGAUCUGGGGAAUGUUACUGAGUCCCUGGCUGGCGGCGGAGGGUGUGGGUGUGGGCGGCGUGGGGGAGGGGCGGCCCAAGUUGUGGCGGAGGAAGGUGAGGCCUCGUGCAGGUGUUUUCUAGCCUCGUGUCCUGACAACACGUGCAGGUCUGGUCCCCUUUGUGCAGGAGAGGGCGAGGGGCGCCCGCUGCCGCCACUGCAAGGCGCAGAUGAUCCCAUUACCACCACCACCACCGCCACCGCCACCAUAUCCUCCCCCAGGAGCCACAGUCGCUCCCCCUCCAGGCUCCCCCACACUGUGAAGGCGCCGGGCGGGGAGACGCGCACCUCAGGCUCCCUCAUGACACACGGCCACACCUCGGGACCACAGGGGCAGCGGGGCCACAGGUCACAGUCUCCACCAGGGUUUGGCUGCCCCGCCGCCACCACAGGCUCAAUAGCAGUAGCAGGUCUCACUCUGCCGCCCGGAACACCGGACCGCAGCGCCACGCCACCCACAAGACGAAGGGCAGCGGCAGAGUCCCCAGGAAGGAUUCCUCACGCUACAGCGGCAAGCGGAAAGACGUCUCACCACGCUCCGCCGCUUCCUGCAGGAUGGCGGCACCACUCAGGGUCACCAGGGCGUGCGGCACUCACCACACAGGCACCGCCACACACAGGCUCGUCACCAGUGUCACCAGAAAGGGCCAGCCACGCCCAAAGGUCAGGCAACCGCCGCAGCCCCCCUCCAUGUCCCUCACGCCCCCGCCACUCCCAGCCAAGUGGGCCUCCGCCCCCCAGAGCGAGGAAUCACUCGUGCGGAGGCCAGGCCAGCUCGUCCCCCCGCUCUGGGUGGUGGCCCUUCCUCCUGACACCGCCCCUCCUUCUGCUGCUGCUGCUGCCGCCCGCUGCCUCCCCCAACGAACUCGACGAGGAAGAAAUCCGUCCCGUGUUGUCAGCACCAGUACGUAACCUCUCCUUAGUGGCAGGACGAAAUGCUCAACUCACCUGUAAUGUGGAGAACCUGCAUGAGUACAAGGUGGCGUGGAUGCACUACGCGAAGACAGGGCGGGCGGUGCUGACAGUGGACAACCUGGUGAUCACGAGGAACAACCGCAUAUCACUGCUGCAGGAGAGGGAGGGCGCGUCCUGGUCCCUCGUGAUCAGCAACGUCACCACCACCGACCAGGGAAGUUACGUGUGUGAGGUGAACACGCCCUCCCCCCAGAGACUGUACUUCAAUAUAGGAGUGAAAGUUCGGCCCCGGAUCAACAUACCCCCAGGACAUGACGGUGGAGGAAGGGGAGGACGUGAAGCUCAGGUGCGAGGCCACGGGAGACCCCACACCUGUUCUCACCUGGAAGAGAGAGGACGGUCGUCACUUCACCAUCAAUAAUACGCGAGUUCGGGAGUUCGGUGGUCCCUUCCUACGUAUGUCCUCCUUGGGACGUGAUGACGGGGGCGCCUUUCUCUGCGUGGCUUCCAACGGUGUGCCUCCUGCAGUGUCCGCCCGUGCCAAGGUGUCUGUUGAGU